AUGGAUUUGUCAUUCGCCAACGAGUUUGAUGAUAUAAUCGAGAUCAAUGAAGAGGAUGAGAUCAAUGACGUUCAAUCUGCAUUAGUCGAUGACGAUUUUUUGUCAGGUGAUGAUGUUUUUUGUUCGACUGAUCAUGAUAAUCCCUCAUUCGGAAAAGUCAACAUCAUGGAUGACCACAAUAUUCAAGUUCCUGAUGUUACAGACAUUGAAUUAUGUAAAGAGAGAAAAGAUGAUUGUCUUGAUCAACACUUGGUAAUAGCUAGUAAAUCGUAG